CGUAAAAUAACCAAUGAAAAUUGUCAUGUUAUUUCGACUAACUUUUUUGAAAAUUAUGAGUGGGUUUCUACUUAAAACUGACAAUGUGACUAAUUGGUUUACUCUGCAGGACAUGUUCCAUAAUACGCUACCAGUGAAGGGUGGCAUGGGUAUGUAUUUGCUACAGAAAAUGGGAUGGAAAUACGGUGAGGGGCUUGGAAAGCAUAAAGAAGGAUCCCUGCUUCCUUUGUGUCUAGACGUUAAAACUGACAGGAAAGGUCUGGUAGCUUGCGGAGAAACUCAGAAGAAGAAAGCAGCAAUCAGUAUGCCAGCUCCAAUAAUGAAAGAUCUGUCUGGCAAACAUCCAGUCUCUGCCCUGAUGGAAAUAUGUAACAAGAGAAAAUGGCCGCCGCCAGAAUUCAAUUUAGUCCAUGACAGUGGCCCAGACCAUAAGAAAAAUUUUGUUUUCAAG